AUGGCGGUGCUGCCCGAAGUACCGGUGGCGACGGAAGAUGUGAAGAUCGAACAUAUUCAACUAUGCGGAUCGGAUAAUCAGACUCCAGGAGAGAUCGAGCGACUCCGCCAAAAGAUAUGGAAAUUCCGGCAUCUCUUGAUCGGGAAAGGGAAUGCCCUUCCGCCGGCAGCUAGAGGCAUCGUGUGUGACAUCGACGUCGGGGGUGCGAGACCCAUCGCCUUCCAGUGUCGUAAGUUGCGGAUCCAGUUCAGGGAGAAGCUGGCAGACCUGAUCAAGGGUCUAUUGUCCGCCAAGAUCUAUCAACGUAUGAUCGAUAACGCGCUAUAUGGGUUCACCCGGAUCCCGAAGUCCGAGGAUCACGGAAGUAUGGCGGACGUAUUUGAGGACGGGGAACCGGCGGAUCCAGGAAGCCCUUCGGUGCUUGGUCGCAGAUCAUAUAUCGAUGACAUCCUAAUCCCCGCUAAUAAGCGGGAGGCCACGGUGGUGGUGUACGCUAGUGAUUGGGCCAUCUCGGGAGCGUUGAUGCAGGAAUACGACCAGAUCUACUAUCCUGUGACGUUUGCCAGCCGUACUCUGAAGUCGAAUGAACUGAAUUACGGCAUCACGGAGAAGGAGGUAUUAGCCCUUCUGAGGAUAUUAGAUCUCAAUUACAAUACGUUGGUCGGACGUCCGAUCCGUGUGUUAACCCGCCAUUCAACAUUGGCGUGGCUCUUCAGAUCCACGGCUUUGCAAGGACGUCUGGGACAAUGGGCCGCUCUGUUGUCGCCUUGGACACUUGAGUUCACUAAGUGUGUCAAAGGAGAGGAUGAGAUCUUGGGAGCAUUGGCAGCCAGCAUUACCCCAAGAUCGGAAGUGGAUAAGGCGUUGAUCUCAAUCGCCCCCAAAAAGGAGCCAAGACGGAAGAUCCAGGCUCCGAUCCCCACUAUCAGACGAGAGGAGGACCUAUACGUUUUUCGAUUGGCCCGUGCCAAGAGAGGUGGAGGCGCCUACAGCGCGAUCUUGUGGAAGCUGCCCGAAUGGAGAGUGUUGAAAGCUAGAUCGGGGUAUGCCGAAGUCUUGACGGUGAAUGAAGCGGAAUACCAUGGCCUGCUACUAUAUCUGGAUCUGUUGGAAGAUCUGGAUCCACAGCGUCUGGUGAUCUGCGGAGGCUCAAACCUUGUGAUCCAACAAGUACGAGGAGAGAUCGAUUGUAAGGCGCCAGGCCUGACUUUGUUACGCCAACGAGCCUUGGAUCGAUUAUGUACAUGA